AUGGUUCCUACAAUACGAAGCGAUAUUCUUCUGGGAUCUUACAAUAAUGUUCUUGAUUCCACAGGCUAUCAGUGUAAAGAGUACCAAUUUGAGUGUAAUGAUGGCUUCUGUGUUGACGACGAUAAAAGUUGUGACGGAAUUAAAAACGAUUGCAGCGAUGGUUUAGUUGAGACCGGUAGUACUUGCCCUACUUAUCAGUUAAACUUUACAUGCUUCGAUGGAAGCUCCAUUGACGUCUCUAAACUUUGCAAUGAGAGACCAGACUGCGGACCAAACGAAGAAGAUGAAAUGAGAUGUGAACAAAAUGGUAUCUGUGGAUUUGAUAGUGGACAUUGUGGAAUGAAAAAUGAAGGAUGGAGGUCGAAUGCUCCAAACAAGAACUUCUACAAAAUCUUACAUGAUCAUUCCUUCGAAGAAGGAGGUAGCUACUACAUUGCACUUCCUAAGAACCGCAGCCAAUUUGCUGUCAGUACACUAUCCAGACAAUGGAAUAAAAGAAAACCUCAUUGCAUGCAGUUUUGGUACAUUGUUGGCGCAUUGUCGUCAUUAAAAGUUUGCCAUUUAAACAGAAGUGAGACGAUCUGUCCUUGGAGCAAGUACGGUAGCUUUAUCGAGGAGAAGAAUGAAAAAAGAAAAGAAUGGACUUUUGGACAGGUUGAAAUCCCUGGAAAUUUGCUGAAUGGAACGCUACAGAUUGUUGGUAACGUCAGUGGAUAUUUCGCUGCAAUUGAUGACGUCAGUUUUAUUGAAACUUCAUGUUUGCAAGUUACAAACCAGACUAAUCCCUCAUGCUAUUUUGAUUUUGAUCAACCCUGCCACCACGACAGCCUAUGGAGUCGACAAACAAUUGAACUACACGGUGAAAAGAACUCUUACUUAAACUUGGCGCCUUCAAACAAUCUAGCGACCGGCAAGAUAUUAAGCCCAGUGCUCAGACCAAAAGCUGAUGGAUGGAAAUGUUUGCGAUUGUGGAUAAACAGCAGAGAUAGUGCAGUUUCUUUGAAUAUUYUUUAUAACAUUCAUAACAAUUCGAGGGAUAUUUUCAACUAUACAUCACACACACCAGGCUGGGUUUACUUUCAGUCACCAAUACCAGAAGAGUUAAACACUUUACAGGUUGUAAUUGAAGGGAAUAGAAGCGAACCAUAUGGCUCUCUUUCAAUAGACGAUAUAACAUACUCAAAGCAUCAAUGUAAAAGCAUUCCUUUGGAUAUCAAGUCGGGCCGUAAAGAGUGCCUUGAAUAUAGAACUUGGGACUUACCCACUUGUAGAAAGGACCGAGUUACAUCUGCAGCGAUAGACGACUGCAACUGGAAACUUCCAAAUACUCUAUGGUAUCGCAUAUCUCGAUUGGCGGGAAUCCAAGUGUCCACAGAGUGUUCUCGACAUACAGGCAAAGGGUAUGGCUGGAUCAAUGGGACUAUGCCCGCCGUGGUCGAGGGUCGAGUUUUAAGGACAAUGUGCAUAGGGAAUGUAUAUAUGGGAUGCUGCUGCUUGUUUAAGCAAAAUGUCACUAUACGUAAUUGUGGUGGAUACUUUGUUUAUCACUUUCCCAAAGUCAAAUCUUCAUUUUCAGUAUCUACAGAAUACAGUGCCCGGAAACUUACACUUGAUGUGGAAUGGCGAGGUUGGACAAAUAAUGGGCCAGGAUUAAAUUGGGAAAUUAUGAGUAACAAACAGUUUAUCUCCAUUUCAAAAUCCACUCAUCGACAGCAAGAGCAUCCCUUUAUUGGUUCGCAGCCUGGUAUCGAUGUUAAUAGUCCUAUCUCUUUCACUUUCCAAAUUGAACUACAUAUCGAGUCAUUUACCGUGUGUUUUUGGAUAUCUUCUAAUGAAACUACGCCGAAUUUUGUGAACAUUACCUUUAAGGACAUCUCUGCGAUAUCCCUGGAUGUAUUAAUUAACCGGUAUGUUUGGAGGCAUGUCUGUGUAGCUUCCCCGGAAUGUGGUAUAUACGUGAUUUAUGUAGAUGGAGUUGCGAACAAGACAACGUACACAGGAGAUCUGUUUAGAAUUAAUGAAGAAAUAAAGGUUUUCAUUACAUCAUCUGAAGAUAUCUCUCUCAAGCUAACCAGUAUAAACGCCUGUAACAAGCUUCUCAGCGACGAAACUAUUCUCUAUAUGUCUUAUGAUUGUAGAAGUAGCACAGGAAAUAUUGUUGCUUGGGAUGAGUUUUUUACUAAUAUUACAAGUUCAAACUAUUCAGUCAUCAAGAAUAUCACAACCUCCUGCUACGGAAGAAAAGGAAACGUUCUUAGCAUAAUAUCCAACGCGACUACACCCUCCUCAGCAAAAGCAACGUACCUGAGCCCACCGUACCCUAUACUACCUAAAUUCGUGAAAUCACCUGCAAGAUGCCUACGAUUUCAAUAUCGUCUGUUCGGCCCUGGGGCGAAAGUACUGAAACUAUAUCAAGUAUYAGAAAACAAAAUGUUCCCAUGGAGACCAAUUUGGAUGAAUGAAGAUAACAGUUCAAGUAGUUGGCAGGAAGGUCGGGUUACUCUUGCGGCUGUGACUGAAUAUCAGAUAGCCAUCGAGGGGCAAAUGUCCAAUGCACAAGGACUAAUAUCAAUAGGGGCCUUGCAUACAACCGAAGAGUAUUGUGCAAUUYUACCWCGUUCGUCAAAUAAAGGCUGCAACGAAGUCCUUCGCAACUUGUCUGGUAUCAUCAUGUCUCCCUGCUAUCCUAGUUUCUAUAGCAACAACACUAUAUGCAAUUCGACCAUCAUAGCGAAGCAAGGCUACGUGAUUCGUUUAGAGAUUACUGAAUUUGAACUGGAAAAAAGCACCCGAUGUGAGAAUGACUUUGUUGAUGUGUAUGAURGUGGUGAUCAAAUUGGUCGCUAUUGUGGUACAAGGUGA